CCUUCUUCCCUUCCAAGUUCUAACCCAACCAUGUCAUUACCUAGUGACUGGGGCCAAUUCUACCACCAGCAAAAUCUUUCUGCAACCAUGUUCGGCUGUGACGGUGGUGCUUCUGAUGUCCCCGCCGCCACAUCUGUCACCUCCGCCGCGGCUGCCAGUGUCCCUACCUCAUUAAUGGGUGGUACUGGCAAUUCUACCUCACCAAACGGUGGUGGCGGCCAUUUGAGCCCUGAAGGUCGUGUAUCCAAGCCUGUGCGCAGACGGUCUAGAGCUUCCAGAAGAACUCCUACAACGUUACUUAACACAGAUACUACGAAUUUUCGGGCUUUGGUCCAGCAGUUUACUGGUGGCCCUAGUCCUCCUUUUGCUUCAGGAUCACAGCUUAAUGCACCAAGCUUUGGUUUUUCACUGAACCAACGUCAAGCCCAGGUUAACCCUAGUGCAGUUAUGGUUCCAUCUGCAGCGGGUUACCAUCUCCAAUAUCAACAGCAAAUCCAACCAUCGUAUAUGUUUUCAUUGGGAAAUAACACCACCGGAGCUUCUCCUGCUCAUGGCGAUUUGCUUUUCCAAAGACUUGGAAACCCCAGGUCUACAGGCAUGGAUGUCUCAGAUGAGUUAGUGAUGGAGGGUCUUUCUUCUCACGCGGUGGCGACACCGUCGAGACCUCCAUCUAGGCAGCCUUCUUCCGCCUCCAGUGAGAACAGAAGCAAUACUUUCUUGUUUUGAUAGGGACAAAGGAACAAAGUUAGGCAGUGACUUGUCUAAAAGUAGAACCAUUGACCAAUGUAAAUAUCGUGUUACUUACACCUUGAUGGCAUUUGUUUUAGGUCAUCUAACGUGGCUAAUAGUAAGCUUCCACGUUUUUUUUUUGUUGGGAAUAUUUUUAUUUGUUUCUUUAAUAUUUUUUUUUUUGUCGAA